AUGACAGUGCUAUUCGAUCAGUUUUGCGAUCUUGUGGAGCGAGGACGAAAAGCUGGAAAAUCAGUGCUUGUCUGCAGUGCGAAGGGUAGAAACAGAGCUCCAGCGUUCUGUGCAGCUUACCUGAUAAGCAAGGAAGAGAAUGACCCGACAGCAGGCCGUUGCGAAGGUUCUCGAGCA